GAAACUUGCUAUUUUUCUCCUGUAGAACGUGAGUCCAGAUGGCCGACGGUGAGGUUGUGAAAGGCUCGGCUGAUAACCAGGAGGUGGCGCCGUCGGGUAAGAAAUCUGGACGUGCCUCGCUGCUCGAUAGUGGUGAAGACUUUGAAAUGUUGGAAGAUGUGGAAGAGGAAGGGGAUGACGACCUCCCGCCUUUAGAAGACGCAGGUGCAGGAAAGAAGAAAAACAAUCCGACUAAAGACGCUACAAAAGCAGACGCGUUUGCCGAUCAAACCCCUUCUGCAGAACCGGAAGAGUGGCUGGAUGUUUUAGGAAAUGGGCAGCUUAGAAAGAAAGUUCUGGAACCCGGAGCUGGUCCAGACAGCAGACCCCAGAGAGGCCAAAAUGUCACGAUUCAUCUUAAAACCAGUCUUACUGAUGGAACUGUGGUAGAAGAGCUGCCAAACUUAUCUUUUACUCUUGGUGAUGGGGAUGUCCUCCAGGGUCUGGAUCUCACUGUACAGCUGAUGGAAAUGGGCGAAAAGGCUUUGAUUGAAGCGGGUGCUAAAUACACGUAUGGUGCCCUUGGCAGCUCUACUCCUGCCGUGCCUCCUGAUGCUGAUCUCAUCCUGGAGGUGCAGCUGUUGUCGGCAGAUGACGCCCCAGACCUGGAGCUCAUGCCGCCCUCGGAGAGAAUCAGUUUGGCCAACAGAAAGCGAGAGCGAGGAAACGUCCACUACCAGCGCGCCGACUACGCCUUUGCCGUCAACUCAUAUGGAAUCGCACUACAGAUAACUGAAGCCAGUUUCAGAGUGGAUAUCACUCAACAAGAAGAGGAAGAACUUUUGGACAUGAAGGUGAGAUGUCUCAACAAUAUGGCCGCUGCUCAACUCAAGCUAGACCACUAUGAAGCCGCACUGCGCUCCUGCGUCUCCGUCCUGGCGCACCAGCCAGACAAUGUCAAAGCCCUGUUCCGCAAAGGCAAGGUACUGGCUCUGCAGGGCAAGUUUGCUGAAGCCAUUAAAACACUGAAAAGGGCCUUGAAGUUGGAGCCAAGUAACAAGACCAUCCACGCUGAGCUGUCGAAGCUUGUGAAGAAACACUCUGAGGAGAAAGGAGCCGAACAGGCCAUGUAUAAAAAGAUGCUGGGCAACCCGUCAAACGCCAGUGUGCAGAAGCACCGUGCCAAGUCCUCAUGGAGUCUCAGCUGGAAGUGGCUUUUUGGGGCUACCGCCGUCGCGAUUGGAGGUGUAGCUUUGUCGGUUGUCAUCGCAGCUAGAAAUUAACCGAAAUUUACUGUGACAUGAUGGAUGACGUGGUGCUCAAGACUUUGAGCAUGCCAAGCCCUCAAAACACCUUACUGACCUUUUAUAAAAUAUAAUUGAAAGUGAACUGGUUGUAAUUUCUGUUGCCCUCCAUCGUGCUUUAGAGGUUUUAAAUGGUUCACUUUUUACUUUCAAUGCAUGAAAGAUCAGCUGGGAAGAAAUAGAAAUGAGAGAUAUUAUAUUAUUCCUAUUUAUGUACAGAAAGGAUCCUAGUUAUAAUAAAUAAAUGUAUUGCUGUACAGAAUGAUGCUCUUCAGGUUGUUGGACACAGUUGUGUUUUGCUUUAGAACUCCAGACUACAAACAUUUUUUUGUGAAGUUCCGUAAUCUUAUUUUGGUGAACUGAAACUUGCCUGUGAACAGUCUUGAACAUUCAAGAAUAUGAUUGUAUGCCUUUUCUUUUGCAGUAUCUACAGGUAUCUUUAGCUUCUGAUGCAAAAGAAAGACAACACUAUUUUAAUAGUCCUUGCACUGAUGUGGUACGUUUUCACACUUUCUUCCCAUUUAUAGGCUCCAAAAUAUCCCUGUUAAAGAAGUAAAAUCAACUGUCUGAUUCUCAAUAAUGUUUCCAUAUUUUUGUGACCAAACACUGCAAAGAAGGUCAUACGGACCUUUUCGGUUUAUAUUUUUAAGCUUCUACAAGAAUUCUGUGCAUUUAAUUUGAAUUAUUUAUUUAGGAUAUUUAUGUGUUGUCAUAAUUUUUUUCAUUGAUCCUUACGCUGAUUGUCUCAGUUCCCAUUCCAAUUUUUUUGUAGUAUUGGUAACUUCCAGCAUUCCCCUUAAAGUUGUUUUGUAAAUCCUAAAAUACUUUUGCACUCUCUGUUCAUAUGGUUGAAAAUAAAGUGAUUUCUUGAAAAUGUU